GAUACUCAUCGUGGGCAGAGCACAGAUAGCCCUUUGUGUAGCUUUGUGCUUAAUAAACAACAACAUGUUUGUCGUACGUGAUAAUGAUGUAAUAAGUUCUUUCGAAAGAAAUUAUAUUAAGGUUUUUUUUUCGAACCAAUGACACUGGAAAACGGAUAUGACGUAUAUUUUCUGUCAUUGUUCGCUGUAUGUUGCUAAUUCAGUGCACGGAUAUCAACAGCAUGACCAAAGAGAGAACAGCACGAGUAAUUCCAAAUGCAGUUCAAGUUUGUACAGAUGGUGAAAAACACUUCUUUACAUCAUUUGCUGCUCGUGAUAAGGCUUACCCGAUGCUCUGGUGGAAUGCUCUUUUAGAGAUAAUAAGUUAAGAACCUUAAUCAUACAGUUUGUCUUAUUUGAAGCUGUUUUGGAGUAAGUUGUUAUUAAAGAUAUGUUUCACCUUAAUUGCUGCAAAAUUUGUCUCGGCCUGGAUUUUUUUUUAACCACUAAUGAAGAUUUCCCUAUAAUUAUUGAACUCCUGUCUUUUUGGCUAUUUUACUAUUAGCUGUGGCAGUGUGUACGUCUUAGUUAUGGAGAAGAACCGGGCCUCACUAGCGACGAUACUAUUAGCUGUGGCAGUGUGUACGUCUUAGUUAUGGAGAAGAACCGGGCCUCACUAGCGACGAUGACAACUGUGGAUCACGGGUUGAUGAACAUAAGAAUGACCACACACCAUAGUGGCCGAUUAGCUGGAUGUUACACCUCAAGAGAUGAGUGAAACAUUGGUAGCCACAAUACAGGAGUUGAAGGAAGUAACAAUAUUAUUACUGAUGGAGUCGGUGGCUGGGUCAGGAAGUGUCUCUGAGCUGGUGGAGGAUGAACCUAGAGAAGAAAUGCCACAUGUAGGAAGUGUAGAUCCAAUAGAACAGAUCCAUUCUGUGCAGUAUCCAACAGACUUCAGUGACACUACAGAAACAGAACCCGAUGAUCAUGAUGUUGGCGAAGUAUCGUGUUUGUGUUUGAAUCAUGAUGGAAAAGAAAUGAUGAACUCGGUGAUCCCUCUACCAGUUGAGCAGGUCUUCAGUCUUGUAUUUUCUGGCUCAAAGUUUUUUUAUGAUCUUCUUGCAUCAAGGAAAACGUACAAUGUAAUGGAGAGUUCCUGGCAGUUGUGUCCUGAGAAUGGUCAAAAAAUGAGACAGGUUACCUACACUAUAGCUCUGAACCAUUCCAUGGCAAAGAAUGCUCAAACUACAGAAACACAGAUAGCUCUGAACCAUUCCAUGGCAAAGAAUGCUCAAACUACAGAAACACAGGUAUGUUUCACAGCUUUUAUACUUUAGUUCUUGUUAGAUUGUACCACUCCUGAUACUGAUGUCAUAACCUUAGUUCUCUUUAGAUUAUACCACUCCUGAUACAGAUGUCAUAACCUUAGUUCUCGUUAGAUUGUACCACUCCUGAUACAGAUGUCAUAACCUUAGUUCUCCUUAGAUUAUACCACUCCU